AUGGAGGGCGGUGGCGGCAAGGCGGCGGGCUACGCCCACCACCACGACACCGCCAGGCUGCUCAAGGCCUUCAGCCGCACCGUCGAGCCGCGCAACUUCGGCAUCGGCCUCGUCGCCGGAUUCCUCCUCGUCACCUGCGCAUACUUCUCCACCGCCAAGUUCGACGCCAUCCACAUCGCGCCCCUCGUCAGCCCCCUGGAGACCCGGAUUGGCUCGCCGGUGAGCGCCGCCGCCGCCGGCUCCAAGACCCAAUUAGAUUUGGGCGUGCUGGGGCAGGACGCGGCAUUAUCCGGGGAGGGGAGCAAGGCCGAGGUGCUGGACACGGACGGCGACGACCACACGACCACCUCCCCCUCCUCCUCUUCAGCGCAAGAUUUGGUCCACGAUGCGUCGCUGGCGGACACGAAGAAAGAUGACACCUUUGCGAGGGACGGCGAUGCUGCGGCCGUGGAGGCCGCCAAGGACGAUGACGCCGCCGGCGCUCUUCUCCCUCCCCUGUCGGCAAACGGCGCGCAGGAGGAACAAGGUGUUCUUGAGGACCAGGAGCUGCUUGUGCAGGAUGCCAUUGCCGCUGCUAAUUCACCAAACAAGAGCUCCAGCAAUGGCGGCUCACAGUCCGUGGUUCAAUCCGACCCGGCGACGAUUCCUGCUCCAGUCCAGCAGAGUCCUCCUACCGUUCCAGUUCCAGAGGCUCCCAAGCAGGAGGAGGCCAAGGCUCCUCCACUCCAGCAGAUUCCCCUCGUCCCAGAGCCUCUCAAGCAGCAGCCAGGUUCGGAAGAGGCGGCGACGGCGCCCCGGCGGGAGUGGAAGCCGCUGUGCGACCUGACGUCGAACCGGCGCAUCGACUGGUGCGAGCUGGACGGCGACGUGCGCGUCCACGGCGCCAAGGCCACGGUCACCCUGGUCGGCGCGCCGCAGGCCGAGGAGUGGCGCAUCAGGCCGUACCCGCGCAAGGUCGACCCCAACGCCAUGCGCCACGUCACCAACAUCACCGUGCGCUCCACCACGACUCUCCCCGGCGCCGGCGAGGACGCCGAGUGCGCGAUCAGGCACUCGGUGCCGGCGCUGCUCUUCUCGGACCGCGGGUACACGGGCAACUACUUCCACGCCUACACCGACGUGAUCCUGCCGCUCUUCCUCACGGCCAAGCAGUACGGCGGGGAGGUGCAGUUCCUGGUGUCCGACCUGCAGAUGUGGUGGGUCGGCAAGUUCCUCCCCGUCUUCAAGAGCCUCUCCAACUACGACCUCGUCGACCUCGCCGCCGACAACCGGACCCGCUGCUUCCGCCACGUCCAGGUGGGGCUCACCUGCCACGCCGACUUCAGCAUCGACCCGCUCCGCGCCCCCAACGGCUACUCCAUGGUCGACUUCACGAAGCACAUGCGCGGCGUCUACGGCCUCCCCCGCGGCCUCGCCGUGCCGGCCACCGGCGCCAAGCCACGGCUUUUACUUAUCGCGCGCGCCAGCACGCGGCGGUUCGUGAACGCCGACGACAUCGUGCGCGCGGCCCAGAAGGUGGGGUUCGAGGUGGUGGUGUCGGAGGGCACGCACGAGGUGGCGCCCUUCGCGGAGCUGGCCAACACCUGCGACGCCAUGCUCGGCGUGCACGGGGCCGGGCUGACCAACAUGGUGUUCCUGCCCACGGGCGGGGUGGUGAUCCAGGUGGUGCCGCUGGGCGGGCUGGAGUUCGUGGCCGGCUACUUCCGCACGCCGUCCAGGGACAUGGGUUUGAAAUACCUCGAGUACCGGAUCGCGCCGGCGGAGAGCACGCUGACGGAGCAGUACCCGGCGGACCACCCGAUAUUCACGGACCCCGACGGCGUGAAGAGCAAGGGGUGGGAGUCGCUGAAGCAGGUGUACCUGGACAAGCAGGACGUCCGGCUGGACCUCAAGAGGUUCCGGCCGCUGCUCAAGAAGGCCAUCGCGCACAUCAGAGCAAACAAGCUCCAGUGA